UAGACCAUUCUUUGUGUACCUUUUCGCAUAAUAGUAAAACAGAUUGUGGUUUUUAUGGAGUGAGUGGUGUUAUAUCUGUCAAUCUAAUGACGUUAAAAACGUAAAUGUGCGAAAUUCAGGAUUAUUCUAUUGAGCAUAAGGAUAUUUAUGAGAAUAAAUAUUCGUUGUGCUCAGACAUGGAUCUGUACAUAACAGACUCCCUCCAGGACAUGCUGGACAUGGACAUAAAGAAUGAAAUCGCUACAGAUCUUAGCAGUAUCACAGACUUUUCUGAUUCAUUAGGAUUAAAUUUUACGGAAAUGCCGCCUCUAUUAGACGUUGAGGCAGACAAUUCUGCCACGUGGCUAAACAACACAUCAAGUUUCGUCCACAACCUAGAUCUGUAUGGCUCGGAAGCAAACGCCGUUAUGGUGAACCCGAAUUCUGUAAUGCCAUCCUCCUUUGCGGAAACUCCGGUAAAAAGUAUCGUGAAAGAAGAAGCGUCGAAUUUACUCUUAACAUCGGUAGCUAAUAAUGAUUCGAACAAUAGCAUAUCACUGCCAAGUCCAAAAGAAGAGAAGAGCCAUUUAACGUUUUCACCUAAUGCUAUCAAGGUGUCGAAAGUACAAGAGCCGGCACCAGAACCCGCGCCUAAAAAGCUCGAAGAAGCUAAACAAAUGGUGAUUUAUGUUCGCAAACACGAAAAAAAUGUAGUUAAGGACUUACUAAAAGACUUGGACAAAACUAAAGCGUCGAGUCCAUCCACUCCACCCACUGUUAGAAUUAAGGCACAACCAGAAGUACUAAAAGUUAACACUAAGAACUGCUCCAUUUUAAACACGAACCAAAAAAUAACGCAACAAAUAGGAACGAAAACAAUAAUAUCUGGCAAUAUACACAUAAUAGACGCACAACAAUCUAGGACAAUUUUAGCGAAUGGAAACAAAAACCAGGCGACAAUAUUGAUCGACAACUCGUCGUUAAAUAACAAUAGGCAAAUAAUUAAAACUUCAGUAAGCAAUGCAUUUACUGUUGAGACAAGUCAAUCAAAAUAUGUAAAUACUAGCAAAAGUACAGUUGGCUUGAGUGAAUUCCCAAAACCAGCGUAUUCUUAUUCGUGUCUAAUAGCAAUGGCAUUAAAAAAUUCAAGAACAGGAAGUUUACCCGUCUCAGAAAUCUAUAAUUUCAUGUGUCAACAUUUCCCGUACUUCAAAACCGCGCCAAACGGCUGGAAAAAUUCCGUUCGGCACAACCUAAGUCUAAACAAAUGCUUUGAAAAGAUUGAGAAACCCUCUACUAAUGGUAGCCAGAGAAAAGGAUGUUUAUGGGCAAUGAAUCCAUCAAAAGUUGGAAAGAUGGACGAAGAAGUACAAAAAUGGUCUAGGAAAGAUCCUCAAGCGAUUAAAAAGGCUAUGGUUUAUCCUGACAGUUUAGAAGCGUUAGAACGCGGCGAGAUGAAGUACAGCGGGGCUGGCGGCGACACGGACGCAGACGACGAUGCGGACGCGGACGCCGAGGCGGACCUCGAUGCGGAUGUCGAGAUAGACCCCGAGAUCAAAGUGGAGAUGGAGGAUGAGGAGGCUAUUUUGGAACAGGAGGUAUCAGACCAGGAGCUUGAAGUGGAGGAGGUGGUGGAAGGCACGGGCAUGGUGGGCGGGACGUACCGGCUGCUGGCCACCGGGCCGUCCUCGCUCACGUCAUACAUCACGGAUGUGGAGUCUGGCGACGACGUCAGUGAUGUUGAGGUGCUGGACCAAUCAUACGAGGAGAUCGACAUCGACGUGACGAAGCCAGUCAAGCUGGACUUGUCUCUAUCGGAAUCGUACGUGAAUUCGUCGAAGCGACCCAAGAACAGUUUCGUGUUCCGAGCGGCCGCCGCGCCGCCCGCCAACCGACGGAAGACGCCGCUCGUCAACCGCGUCGCACUCAUGUAAGCCACCUACUUACUUAAGGGUGCUGAAACAGUGAAACUAUGCCUCUGGAUCGUUCUGGAACUAACACUCAAUCGUUUAUUGCUAUACCACAUCAGUUCUUACGAUUCAGCCAGUUGCACAAUAUGGACCCUCAAUACCGCUUUAUAUUAUUUACCUUUUUGUCACAUUCCUAACAAUGCGUGUAGGAAAUAACGUGAUACGGCUCAUACGGCUAUGGUGUCUGAUUUAAGAAGAUCUGAUGACCCAUCACACUUAUUCCUUAAACCAGACGCGACGCAGUUUUCGUCUCCAAAAAUGGUGGCCGGAAUGUCACAUAUUGAUUUCAUUAUGUUAGUUCCAAAAUGAUCCAUUGGCAUCAGUACUAAUAGCGUAGCACCAUUAUAAUUAAUUAUGUUUAGUGACAGUUCACGCGUGCAGUUCACAUCGUAUCGUCUUGGUGUCCCAUACAACUGGAGAGCCUCCCUCUUGUCGAACGCUCGAGUACAAAUUCAUUAUUGUAGUGUGAAAUUGAGGCUUAUGCUUCUUUUGUACUUUAAUACUUAUAGUUGGAACGCCCGAUGGUCCACGUAAGUAUUAUAGCUUUUUUGAUAUCCAAUAUUUUAUGUGAAGUGCAGUCUUCGCAACUCAUGGAGGUACCAAAUAAUGAGAACUAUAUAAAAUCAAAAAACACGUGUGUUCGUCGAUGUGGACGCUCUCCUACGUUUUGCUAUCGUACUUGUACAUUUGAAACUUGUCCACAUAACUCUUCGCGACUAUCGCGAUACCUCUCCUACAACGGCACGGCAUCUAUUGUCUAUACAGGGUGGAAACGUUAAGUGAUCUCACUCGAUUAUUUCUAAACUAUACAAGAUAUUGAAAAACUGGUU